AUGUUGAAGAUGUUGUUGGAUCCCAUGGGAGGCAUAGUAUUGACCAACGACGGCCAUGCCAUCCUGCGAGAGAUCGAGGUCGCACACCCCGCAGCCAAGAGCAUGAUCGAACUGAGCAGGACACAAGAUGAAGAAGUAGGAGAUGGAACGACAACUGUGAUAAUACUAGCUGGAGAAAUGCUAGCGCAGGCCCUUCCACAACUCGAACGAAACAUCCACCCGGUUGUGAUUAUCCAAGCGUUCAAGAAAGCCCUCGCGGACGCCCUCGCAAUCGUGGAAGAGAUCUCGAUGCCUGUGGACACCGCCAGUGACAAGCAGAUGUACCAAAUCAUCGAAUCCUCCAUUGGCACCAAGACCAGCUCCAGAUUUUCCGAUCUCAUGUGUUCCUUAGCUCUGAAAGCUGUCCGCGUGGUAUCACAAGACCAGACAUUCUUCUCCAACGCCCCUCAACCGAACGGCGCGGCAAAGGCAGCCUCACCGAUAAAACCCCAAGAAAUCGACAUCAAGCGAUACGCCCGGGUGGAAAAAGUGCCGGGUGGAGAGAUCGAAGACUCACGCGUGCUGGACGGCGUGAUGCUGAACAAGGACAUCACGCACGCCUCGAUGCGCCGACGCAUAGAGAACCCACGAAUUGUGCUCCUCGACUGCCCCCUCGAAUACAAAAAGGGCGAGUCACAGACCAACGUGGAGAUCACAGACGAAGACUCAUGGAACCGCAUCCUGCAGAUCGAAGAAGAGCAGGUCAAGAAGAUGUGCGACGCCAUCCUGGCCGUGAAGCCCGACCUGGUCAUCACGGAGAAAGGCGUAUCAGACCUCGCGCAGCAUUACUUCGUGAAAGCGAACAUCACAGCGCUCCGGCGCGUACGCAAGACAGACAACAACCGGAUCGCACGCGCGACGGGCGCCACGAUCGUCAACCGGGUCGACGACCUGGUCGAAUCCGACGUUGGAACCGGCGCAGGGCUGUUCGAGAUCGAGAAGAUCGGCGACGAGUACUUCACCUUCAUCACGAAAUGCAAGAAUCCCAAAGCAUGCACAAUCCUCCUCCGCGGCCCGUCAAAAGACAUCCUCAACGAGAUCGAACGCAACCUGCAGGACGCCAUGUCCGUCGCCCGCAACGUCAUGUUCCACCCACGGCUCUCGCCCGGCGGCGGCGCCACCGAGAUGGCCGUUUCGGUCCGCCUCGCCCAGAAGUCCAAAUCCAUCGAGGGCGUCAUGCAGUGGCCGUACCGCGCGGUCGCGGAAGCAAUGGAAGUGAUCCCGCGUACGCUGAUCCAGAACGCCGGCGCCAGCCCGAUCCGCAUCCUGACGCAGCUCCGUGCGAAGCAGGCCGAGGGCAAGUCCACGUUCGGCGUCGACGGCGACACGGGCAAUGUCGUUGACAUGAAGGAGUACCGCGUCUGGGAGCCCCAGGCCGUCAAGAUGCAGAGCAUCAAGACCGCCGUCGAGAGCGCCUGUCUGCUACUGAGGGUCGAUGAUAUCUGUGGUGCGAAGAGCGCGAAACAGGUCGGUGGCAGUGGCUUGUCGGGUGGUGGUGGCGAGGAAUAA